UCCUCUUCUCCUCUCCCUCCGCGGGCGCAGCUGUGAGUGAAGCGAGCAUCACCUGGUGGUAAACAGCACGUCACUGAGGCUCAGUGUGCUCAGGUCCAACAGUCAGGGACAUGUCAGAGAAAGCUUUUAUUCCGCUUGUAGUGUUACAUUGAGUGCCGGGGCUGCCACUGCUCCUGAAGUCCCAUUCGGUGACUCUGUGCCCCCCCACCUCCUCUGGGCGCACACACAUGGAAACACACAGCAGAUGUUAGUGCAUGUGAGUCCGUCUCCAGCGUGUUUAUCAAAUCAGUCACCUCCAGGGAACACGACUCGACACGUCACUCGGUCCUGAUGGCGAGUGUGUGGAGGUCAACCUGUUACAGCUGCAGUCAUGUUCAAGUCCUGCAAGUACUUUGUUGAGGAAGUGGAGAGAAAACUGUAUUUACAACUGCUAAGUACAUAUUCACCAGUAGAAUCAGAUAAAAAAACAUUGCAAAUCGAAUCAAAUUGUAUUUGUAUAGUCCAUAUUCACAAAUAACAAUGUGCCACAUAGGGUGUAAUAAGGUGUCACAUCCUCUGCUCUUCAUCAGCAAGUGGGAAAAACGACCAAAAAAAAACAAUUUCCGACGGGUAAAAGAAGGCAGACCUCCCAGAGAGAGUUGCAUGUGAGGGAUCCCUCUCAGAGGAAGGACCCAAGUGCAGUAGAUGUUCCGUGAAGCAGAGCACAUCAAGAAAACAAGAAUAUUUACAUCAUUGAUGAGAAAAUACAGUGUCUCACAUAUAUGGAGAGUUUAAAUGGAGUAUCAUUGUUUAAAGUAUUUAUACAAUAGAAAAUGACUGACAGAGAUGAAGGGAGCUGCAAUGGCAAUUGUAAUGAUACAUAUAUUGCCAGUAAUAUUGGAAUAGGCAGAUUGUAUAUCAAAGCAAUCUGUUUGUAACCAUAAACCACAAUCAGCUGCCGACACAAUCUUUCACGCUGAAAUUAUUAAAGAGCUUCAUGUCAGACAAGAAAUGGGAACUUGAACAUAUCGGAGUCCAGCUCUGCACCUGUUUCAGUUGUCCCUCCUGUGUUCCACAUGUAGGAGCCUCUGAGGGGCCACAUCACAACAUGGUGAACAGCCAGGCAGCAGGCAUGCCCACGGCCCCCAGGUCAUGUGCCGGAUGCGGAGGAAAGAUCGCAGACCGCUUCCUGCUCUUCUCCAUGGAGCGCUACUGGCACUCUCGCUGCCUCAAGUGCUCUUGCUGCCAAGCCCAACUGGGGGACAUUGGCACCACCUGCUACAGCAAAGGAGGCAUGAUUCUUUGCCGGAGCGACUACAUCAGACUGUUCGGGCACAGCGGGGCGUGCAGCGCCUGCGGCCAGUCGAUUCCAGCCAACGAAAUGGUAAUGAGGGCACAGGGAAAUGUUUACCACCUCAAGUGUUUCAGCUGUGCCACCUGUAGAAACAGGCUAAUGCCUGGCGAUCGCUUCCACUACAUCAAUGGUACAAUCUUCUGCGAGCAUGACAGACCCGGUGCUGCCUUGCUCAACAGCCACAUGCCUCCACUUCAGAGCAACUCUGUGUUGACAGACCAGAAGUGACCCUGACCCUGUUCCUGCCCUCUGCUCUGCAGGUUUGCUGAGUGGCAGCAGUGUUGCCCUCGCCUUUUCUCCUGAGCUUCACUUCUCCUCAUCGCACCUCCUCUUCUCCUGCUACUGUCACCUUUGUGGAUUUUCAUCCCCGUCUUUGCCUCUUUUACCCGGAGAGGCUGCAGUUUUUCGCCGAGAUAUCCCCCUCCACAUCAUAUCAGACUCAAUAUAGAACAUACAAAGUGACAUUUAUGUUGUGUUCAAUGUUAAAGUGGUCUGUGCAUCAUGCAAAGACUUGGAAGUGUUUGUUUGGCACUGGCAAAAAGCUACAACAGGACAAAGAGAAAGCUCGAGGAAAAAAAUGACGAUGAAACCCAGCGCCAACUGGAAGAGGGAACAAAAGAUGCUCAAAUGAAUGUUUGAUGGACUGCUGUUACAGGACUGUCAAAGCUUUGCUUACGCCAUGUGGCAUUAUUUCCCCUGAGCGUCAGGGUUUUUAACGAACUCUUGAUCUCGCUCUCUUGUAUAUGGUAAUCUGAGAUCUUACACACUGAGGAUUGAAUGUAAAAAUGUGAGGUGCUAGGCAAAAUCCAGAGUAUCUGAAAAUGUCCAAUCAUGGGAAAACCUUAAAAUGGGUUCGACCAGAAACUUUUUUUAGCACUCAAGGAAAACAGAAAUCUAAUAUUGCUAUUAUGUGUGAUUACUGAUAUUUCUGAUGCCCUGCACCAAGAACUGAUAUGAUCCAGUAAUGGUUUUGCCUUUUUUUCUGUGCAGUUAUAUUUCUCUAGUUCAUUGUGUGAAAAAUAUUUGGAGUUAACAAAAAAUCCUAUUAAAAUGAUUUUCGUGUU